CGGGAGCUGGGCAGCCCGAGCCGCAGCGGGAGGCGAGGAGGAAGCUGCGCGUCUUGGGAGGCGUGCGGGACACGUACUGGCGGACUAUCGGCCGCUGGGAGCUGCGGGACCCCGGGCGAGAAAUCUGCCGGCUUUUGUGGGACCGCUCCCGGUCUACUGAAUGCCAGCUUACUUCUUGUGCAUCUGGGAGGUUUGGGGGCAGGUGACAGCACCGUGACCUAUCACCAUGGAUGGAGAUGGACUUUUCGAUGAAGAAACCCGACGUGUCUUUACCAGUCAGGGUGCUUUGACUGGCCAAGGUUUUGACAAAACCUACCUAGUUCCCUCCGGGGGAUCCGAAUGAGAGAUCUCAGACACCUUCACUGCGAAAGCCAAGGACAUUUCUGUAUAAUCAACGGAUGAAAGGGUUUUCGCAGACUCUCUUUCCAACCGUUUUCCUCCACAGUUCCGGUGGAGACUGCAAGGCAUACAAUGUGGCAGAAGCCUAGAGCGCCUUUGGAAUCACUCUGGACCCUGCCUUUUUAGCCUGGAGGACUCUUCUUGCCUAUGCCACUCCCCUCCCCUGCCCCCAACUCUCUCCUGCUGUCGUUGACUGGAUCUCGUUUUCCCCGGUGAAGUUCUGUUUCCAAACUGUUCCCUGGAGCUAUAAGUGGAUUGGCAGUAAUGAGAGAUUAGGCGGUGGGAGAAGAAGCACGGUGCCCUGUGCCGUGUCCUCUUCCUGCUGCGGCUGCCGAAAUGAAGUGCUUUUUCCCAGUGCUGGGCUGUCUGGCUGUGCUGGGUGUGGUGUCUGCACAGCGACAGGUCACCGUCCAGGAAGGACCCUUGUACCGCACAGAGGGCUCCCACAUCACCAUUUGGUGCAAUGUGAGUGGCUACCAGGGUCCCUCUGAGCAGAACUUCCAGUGGUCCAUUUACUUACCCUCCGCUCCAGAACGUGAAGUCCAGAUCGUUAGCACAGUGGACUCGUCCUUCCCUUACGCCAUCUACACCCAGCGAGUCCGAGGCGGGAAGAUCUACGUGGAAAGAAUCCAGGGGAACUCGGCCUUGCUGCACAUCACAGAGCUGCAAGCCCGGGAUGCUGGGCAGUAUGAAUGUCACACCCCCAACACGGAUGAGCGCUACUUUGGGAGCUACAGCGCCAAGAUGAACCUAGUGGUGAUCCCAGAUUCCCUGCAGACCACAGCUGUCCCCCAGACUCUGCAUAAAGUGGAACAGGACCCACUGGAGCUCAGUUGUGAAGUGUCCACUGAGAGUGACCAGCACAGCCACCUCUCAGUAUCCUGGCUUAGGCGGAAGGGUGGCGAGAAGCCGGUGGAGGUCAUUUCCCUGAGCCGAGACUUCAUCCUGCACUCCAGCAGUGAAUAUGCCCAGCGGCAGAACCUGGGGGAGGUGCGGCUGGACAAGCUGGGGAGAACCACCUUCCGCCUCACCAUCUUCCACCUGCAGCCCUCCGACCAGGGCGAGUUCUACUGCGAGGCUGCCGAGUGGAUCCAAGAUCCAGAUGGCUCUUGGUACGCCAUGACUAGGAAGCGUUCCGAGGGUGCUGUGGUCAACGUCCAGCCCACUGACAAAGAGUUCACCGUACGCCUGGAGACAGAUAAGCGGCUACACACAGUGGGCGAGGCAGUGGAGUUCAGGUGUAUCCUAGAGGCUCAGAACAUUCCUGACCGGUACUUUGCCGUCUCCUGGGCCUUCAACAGCUCACUUAUCGCCACCAUGGGGCCUAACGCUGUGCCAGUCCUCAACAGUGAAUUUGCCCACCGUGAAGCCAAGGGACAGCUUAAAGUGGCCAAAGAGGGUGACGGUGUCUUUGUACUUAAGAUAUACCACCUCCGCCAGGAAGACAGCGGUAAAUACAACUGCCGGGUGACAGAGCGAGAGAAGACUGUCACUGGCGAGUUCAUCGACAAGGAAAGCAAGCGUCCCAAGAACAUCCCCAUCGUCGUCCUUCCCCUCAAAAGCAGCAUUUCUGUGGAGGUGGCCAGCAAUGCCAGCGUCAUCCUCGAGGGCGAGGAUCUGCACUUCUCCUGUAGCGUCCGCACAGUGGGCAGACUGCAGGGCCGCUUCUCUGUCAUCUGGCAGCUUGUGGACAGGCAGAACCGCCGCAGCAACGUCAUGUGGCUAGACCGGGACGGCACCGUGCAACCGGGCUCAUCCUACUGGGAGCGCAGCAGCUUCGGGGGCAUCCAGAUGGAGCAGGUGCAGCCCAACUCCUUCAGCCUGGGCAUCUUCAACAGCAGGAAGGAGGACGAGGGCCAGUACGAAUGCCAUGUGACCGAGUGGGUACGGGCUGUGGAUGGAGAGUGGCAGAUCGUGGGAGAGCGCCGUGCCAGUACCCUUGUCUCCAUCACGGCUCUCGAAACGGGCUUUGCAGUCACAGCCAUCUCCCGGACGCCAGGGGUGACCUACAGUGACUCCUUUGACUUGCAGUGCAUCAUCAAACCCCACUACCCAUCCCGAGUCCCCGUGUCGGUGACGUGGCGGUUCCAGCCAGUGGGCACGGUCGAGUUCCACGAUCUGGUGACCUUCACGCGGGAUGGAGGGGUUCAGUGGGGAGACAGGUCAUCUACCUUCCGAACUCGGACUGCCAUCGAGAAGGCCGAGUCCAGCAACAAUGUCCGCCUGAGCAUCAGCCGGGCCAGUGACACUGAGGCAGGCAAGUACCAGUGUGUGGCAGAGCUGUGGCGGAGGAACUACAACAACACCUGGACGAGGCUGGCGGAGAGGACCUCCAACCUGCUGGAGAUCCGGGUACUGCAGCCAGUGACAAAGCUGCAGGUGAGCAAGUCCAAGAGAACCCUUACCUUGGUGGAAAACCGGCCCAUUCAGCUGAACUGCUCAGUCAAAUCCCAGACCAGCCAGAACUCCCACUUCGCCGUGCUGUGGUACGUCCACAAGCCCUCGGACGCAGACGGCAAGCUUAUCCUCAAGACCACGCACAGCUCGGCCUUCGAGUACGGAACCUAUGCCGAGGAGGAGGGCCUGCGAGGCCGGCUGCAGUUCGAGCGGCAUGCGUCAGGCGGCCUGUUCAGCCUCACUGUGCAGAGAGCCGAGGUCAGCGACAGCGGGAGUUACUACUGCCACGUGGAGGAAUGGCUGCUGAGCCCCAACUAUGCCUGGUACAAGCUGGCCGAGGAGGUUUCAGGGCGCACAGAGGUCACCGUGAAGCAGCCAGACAGCCGCCUGAAGCUCAGCCAAGCCCAGGGGAACCUGUCCGUCCUGGAGACCCGGCAGAUCCAGCUGGAGUGCGUGGUCCUGAACCGUACCAGCAUGGCCUCCCAGCUCAUGGUGGAAUGGUUUGUGUGGAAGCCCAACCACCCAGAGCGAGAAGUAGUGGCCCACCUGAGCCGGGAUGCCACCUUCCACUAUGGUGAACAGGCCGCCAAAAAUAACCUGAAGGGGCGGCUGCACCUGGAGAGCCCUUCUUCUGGCGUGUAUAGGCUCUUCAUCCAGAAUGUGGCGGUCCAGGACAGUGGGACCUACAGCUGCCGAGUGGAAGAGUGGCUGCCCAGCCCCAGUGGUGUGUGGUAUAAACGGGCUGAAGAUACAGCUGGGCAGACAGUCGUCACCGUCAUGCGACCUGAUGCCGCCCUGCAGGUGGACACAGUGGUCCCCAAUGCUACCGUGUCUGAGAAGGCAGCUUUCCAGCUGGACUGCAGCAUCCUGUCUCGAUCAAGCCAGGACUCCCGCUUUGCCGUGGCCUGGUAUUCUCUAAGGACUAAAGGUGGAGGAAGAAGGGGCAGCCUUGACAUUGAGGACCAAGAGGAGGAGGUGGUAUCAGAAGAAGAGGAUGGUGAAGACCCGACAGAGAGGAUGGUCCUGCUAAGCGUGGGACCUGAUGCUGUCUUUGGUCCUGAAGGCAGCCCCUGGGAGGGCAGGCUGCGCUUCCAGAGACUCUCGCCCCUGCUGUACCGGCUCACGGUGCUUGAGGCGAGCCCCCACGACACAGGCAACUACUCCUGCCGUGUGGAAGAGUGGCUGCCCAGCCCUCAGAAAGAAUGGUACCGGCUAACCGAGGAGGAGUCGGCUCCCAUUGGCAUCCGGGUUUUGGACACAAGUUCCACCCUGCAGUCGCUCAUCUGCUCCAACGAUGCGCUCUUCUACUUUGUCUUCUUCUACCCCUUCCCCAUCUUCGGCAUCCUCAUCAUCACCAUUCUGCUGGUGCGCUUCAAAAGCCGGAGCUCCAGCAAGAACUCAGAGGGCAAGAACGGGGUGCCCCUGCUCUGGAUCAAGGAGCCGCACCUCAACUACUCCCCGACUUGCCUGGAGCCCCCUGUGCUCAGCAUCCAUCCUGGAGCCAUAGACUAAGGGAGGUGACCCCCAGCAGACGUUGCCCAUGGCAGGGUCGGGUCAGAGGAGCCCUGUGGGCUUUUCCUCAUUGCUUCAUGCUCUGUGAUUGGACAGGCGACGGCACCCGAACUCUGCGGUUUCCCUGCAGGAACCAGUCAGACCUGGAGUGUGUUGGAAGAUCCUGGUCACAGAGAUGACUGCCUCCAGGUGGCAGUUCUGGUAGCUCUUUGCACCCAGCAUCCUGGGUUUCUAGUUUUUGGUUUUGGUACCGUCGUGCGUAGCUCCAGGUGCCGCAUCUACUCGCCAGUCUGUCUCGUGUUUUCAGAUCGGUGCUACGGGGUUUCCUGUUCUGUGUAAUGUACUCUUUUAAGCCCCUUUGGUCCUCUCCGUGUGGAUCUCACAGUGUUGUGGAAGGGUUUCUCUCACAACUGAAAAGCAAGAGGAAGACGACUUUAUAGUAACAAGAAAUCUCUUCCAAGACAUUUUUGUUUUUGCACAUUUGAAAAUGCCACCCGUGGAUCAAAAUACACCCAAACAUUUUUUUUUUUUUACUUUCUUAGCAAGACUUGAAAAUAUGUGUAGCGUGGGCCCAAUUUGUAUCUUAUCUUUUCCCUCAGCUGGAGUUGUUGGAACCACUUUAUAGUCAAGAUGAAAGCAUUGAAUUUUGCUUCAAAGAACUGCGCAUGUGCAGAAGAAACCCUGCGGAACUCCGUUAGGAUUAGAUGGUGUCCAGCGAGCCAAUCUGCCAGCAGGGACGAAAGGGGAGAUCUGGUCCUUGCCAAAAAAAAAGGCAAACCAGCCUGAAGGAUGGGUCCAGCGUUUCAGAUGGCGCCUGGUUUCCGAGGGUUGCCCUGAGCAUACGUACCUACUAUUGUAGUGACCAAAGCCAGUGAUUAGGGAGGGAGGAAAGAAGGUUUGUCGUUGGCAAGCUCAGUCUCCUGACUGAGCAGGUAGUUUUCAUCUGCAGGUGCUUUGCCAAAUCUUCAAGGGGACAGGUCCAGUGAACCCGGAAGGGACUGCCUGAGUGGAGCGCUGUGGCCAGAGGGCGGCUGUGUGUGGCCCCAUGGAGGGUGCUGAGCUGUAUCACACUGAGCUUGGGAGAAUGGAGGGGUACGGGGGUGUCCCUAGAGCCUGCUGGAGAGGCUGGAGGAAUUCUCACCUCUCUCUGUCUUCCUUCCAGACGAUGAGGUCUUCCUUAUCCGUCACUGCUCUCCCCAAAUCUCACUGCUGUGGGAAUUUUGUCCAUUUGUCCUAGGAGAGGACCAGGAGCAAUUUCUUGUGAUCUUUGCUGUCUCCUAGUCUCAACAGACAAGGGAACACAGUGUUGAGUCAGGGGUUAUCCCUUUGCUUUGUUGGAGUGUGUGUGUGUGUGUGUGUGUGUGUGUGUGUGUGUGUGGUUUAGGUUGAACGGGUGUGUGUAUGUGUGUAUGCGCGUGCACGCGUGCUCAGGUUCUCUGGUUGUGCUGGUGGCUUUUAAUUUUCAGCCCACAAAUCCGAAAUCCCCGGCCCCCCCCCCCCAGGCCAGAUGCUUAGCUGCUCUACAGCCUCAGCAUCAAUCUCGAAUCCUGCCUUUUGCUCACUCUGAAGACCUUGUGAAGCCCCCACCCCCACUCUCCCCCAUCUUCACCAGCCAUACCUUCCCAUGGGAAUUUGCAUCCUGCGUCCCAAGAUAGAGAGCCUGGUAGAAAAAAGCUGCCCAAGACUGUGGAAGUAAAUCUAACGAGAAUAAGCAAACAUGGAAGCUCCAGGAGUUCCAGGCCUCUGGGCCCUGUGGUUACAGGUCCUUCAAGGGAUCUGCUGGGUGUGGGCUGCUUGCAGGGUGGCAGAGGAGAAGAGGGGAAGCAAGACAAACCUUCCUCUCCCCUCCUGGCCCUCUAGUUCUCUGAGAGGUGUCCAGGCACCUUAAUUCCUCGGGUGCCUACCCUGCUGGUUCUCAUUUAUGCUGCAUCAACAAACGGGGACCAAACUGGCUCAGUCAGGAAGAAAGAAUGUCUUUUGUUCUGUUCCUUCAUUUCAUGGGUGUGGGCUCUUGGUGAGUAGUUGCUGACUCCUGGCUUUUAGGCUGAGUCAACGAGGGAAGAUUGACUCCGCCACUGGAUGGGGAGACGCCAGAGGGCUGGCCUGGAUUAAAGUUUCUGAUGGGCUCUUUCGCCGCAGAAAACUGAUGCUUCACGUAAAUAUGCAAAACGGUUGCAGGACGUUCAAGGGAACAAAGAAACCAAUGUCAGUAUUUUAACAACUGCUUUUUGUGUGUAUAUGUUCUGGGGGCUGGGGAUGCAAUCAAAAUUGAACUCUGAGCUUUCUAUGAAAAACAAACAAGCAAAAACCACAGGGCUUCUCUGUGGCUGGUUCCAUGGACAUGUGUUGUCAGCUGAAUGGUGAUGGUGCCCUCCAGUGGCUGGAUGACCUCGCUGCACAUUGUGUGCUGGGCUUUGGUCUUCUGAGUUCAGAGAGAAAAGGACUCCAUAGGGACUCCUGACACCUGUCCUGUCCACUGUGCUAGGCCUGUCCCAGGACACUCUAUGACCACACCCUCUCUCACCAGGGUGUUUCUGUAGCAAGUUUUCAUAUUUGUUUCAAACAAUGGUUUCUCUGCAUUCAUUGUUGGAGAGGGAUGGGUUGAAAAGACUAUCCGUGCAUGAAGUAGAGAGCUGUUGGUUUGUUUCAGUUUUUUUUUUAAAGGAAAAACUAUUUGUAAGCCGCUGCACUAAGACAUUUUAUAUACACUGCAGAGACUGUAGUAAAUUAUGUUGACAAUACGCUGUUUACAUUUUCUGGAGUCCGAUGCCCUCCUGCCCCUCGCUGAACCAGCCACCUCCGGCUGUGGGACUGUGCUCGGUGGGUGGCCUGGAGUUCCGCCCUUGGCACUGAUGUACCAGAUUCGAAUUUUACAAGCUGUAGCUUUUCUAUGCAUGCCCUCGCCCAGCCUAAAUUAUGUUUUUGUACAAAUGAUAAAAAAAAU